UACAGGAGAUGACCGGAGACUGUGGACAUACUACAGGAGAUGACCAGAGACUGCGGACACAGUACAGGAGAUGACCAGAGACUGUGACACAGUACAGGGGAGACUGUGGACAUAGUACAGGGGAUGACCAGAGAUUGUGGACAUACUACAGGAGAUGACCAGAGACGGCGGACAUAGUACAGGGGAUGACCAGAGACUGCAGAUACAGUACAGGAGAUGUGGACUGCAUAGUACAGGAGGACAUGUACAGGAAAUGACCAGAGACUGCAGACAUAGUAUAGGAGAGACUGCAUACGGUACA